AUGUCCACUCCAGUUGACACCUCUUUGACCAGUCUCAAGGCAUCUACUGCCCAGAUCAUGGCCAUCAUCAGUGGCACCCAGCAAAUUCCCCAGGGAUCCAGCCACUUUGCUCUGAUAACACAGGCAGGCUCAUGUAGUCAAGGAGUAUGGGGCUGGACCCCUGCCUUGCAUCAUGCUUUUAUGCUCAAGGAGCUAAUGUGUGUCUGGAGUAUGACUCCCCAGGCCUGGCCCAACUGGCACAGCAUUGGGUAUGACAAUCCCUGUCUCUUGAAGCACAUCUGGCAUGCCAAGCUCCUCACCUGGGAGGUCUUAGGUGACCAUACCUUUGAUCUCCCAGUUGCUGCUGCUCCUUCCACAGGGUCGACCAAGGAUAGAACCUUGUCAAGUCAAUGCCUCCCUCAGGAGCAAUCAUCUAGACUCUCACAGGAUCUAGGGUUCAAAUGGGACACAGACUAG